UCCAUCAAUGACAACCAAUGAAAGAAAAGGAGGAUAGGCUGAGUCCAGCCUGCUUCUGCACGGACACAGCAUAGUUGGGUUGGGCUCCAUGAAGCUGCACCUGCUGCUGCCACUCCUGUUGGGGGCUGUGCUCCCUGUGCCACUUUCCCAAAGGCUCAGCGGCUCAGUCCCUGAGGAUUUCUCUGCUCCCCUGGAGCUCCCACAGCAGCACUUCGGCCUGGUGGAUGAUUAUGGCAUUAAGCCGAAGCACCCCCAAUUCCAGACUCGAGCACCCUGGAAGCAGCCUGCAGGCCUGCACCAAGCACACAAGAGCAAGCGGGAUGAGUCAGAUUUGGCAGAGUAUUAUGAUGACAAUGUCCUGUGAGCUGCCCAGGGACUUGUUGCAGUGGGGUCUCCACGAGCCCCAGAGGCAGCUCUAGCCCUGUGCACUAGCUGCUUUAUAAAGGUGUGCAGUACAGCAAGACAGA